AUGGCUAAAUACAAGAGUGAUAUAUUUCAUACUCAGCCAACAACUUCAGCUCGAACUUCAGCUACAACAGCUCCCUCUACUACCCCCGCCCUCACGUACGCCUCUGUUGCCGCCUCUGCUGCCGCCCCUCAGGUGGUUGGCUUCCCCUCUCUCACCAACCCCGUCGCUUCGUCUUCUGCAUCUCCCGCACGCAUCACGUCGCGCCGAGCCACCAUCGCCACCACUGAACCAGCUGCUUCUCCCGGUGCCUCCACUACGCCACAAGGAUCUGCCACCCGCCACCUCCCUCUCCUCCCAGUCCCUCUCCCCUCCUCACAGCCUCCAGUCUCCAAAAAACCCCAAAAGCGCGUCCUUACCGACUCUGCUCCCGCCACUUCCCACAAAAAAUCAACACCACCUCCCCCUCCCCCUGCCGUCACCAUGGACACCACCCCUCCUCCUGCCACCCCUACCUUGGCCCCCACCCUCCACACCUUUGUCCUGUCAACUCCCGAUCCUAAGUUCCUCGACGCUCGUACCCUCACCAAGGAAAUACCGACAGUCUCACGUAAGAGAGUCGCUGGGCGUCGGGGGCCCGGUGCGAGACGAUGCCAGACAGACGCUUUCCUGGAAAGCCACUUUGCGACGCACAAUGGGAGCGUCGUGACGUCCCCGGUAGGAGGCGCAGGAGGUGACAGCGGCUGUUCUACCCCCGGCAUCAAAGUCUCGUGCCCCACGGGCCCUUCGACGCUGUCCCAAGCUAUCACGCUGUUUGUGAAACAGAACGUAAAGAAUUAA